CCCGAAGGAGGCAAACCUCGAAAUGCUCAAUGCGCUUUACGAUCCAUGGAUGAUGACAAAGCGAAAGAGGGGCCGGGUCCAUAGAUCAGAUGUUGUGGCGUCGUCCAAAGCGCCGAGCUGAGCCUAAGGACGUGACAUUUUUACAGCGUAUGGUUUCUGCGCCGGAUUGCAGAGGAAGGGCGUCAAGAGGAGGAGAAAGUAUUCUUCUGAGGUUUGCUUGCGAAGUCUGAUUCGCUGGCCGACUGACGGACUGUGAGCGUGCGAUUCUCCGUGGAGUCUCAAGAUCUCAACUGUUGAGGCCUUCAAGCAGGCCAAAAGCCUUACCACGAUGUUUGCCCAGAGCAUCGGAGCAUUAAAAAUAUGAAGGAGUCCUGUUCAGUGGCGAUGGAGUCUUGACGAAUGAGACAUUGGUUUUUGGUUUAUGAGUGGUCUGACUGACGGAGUGACGGACAGAGAAAUUGAUGGUUGGGAAGUCAGAAGACAUGGAAAUUAAAAGUGAGAUCAUUGUGUGUGUCCUGCUCCUGGUUCUGGUGCCCACUUCUGCACUCGAGGAUCCGAUCACACCGUCUCAGGCCGCAGAUCUGCGAGAUGAGGUGCGGGACAUGUUUUAUCAUGCUUUCAAUAAUUACAUGGAGCAUGCAUUCCCAAUGGAUGAGCUACGACCCUUGAGCUGUUCUGGCGAAGAAUCUCUUGGAGAAUAUACAUUGACGCUUUUCUCUUGUUCAUAGGUGGAUGCUUUGGACAUGUUGGCUCUUCUUGGUGAUCGCGCUAAGUUCACUGAAGCUGUGACUUGGUUAGGAAAGAACCUUCACUUCAAUCGGAAUAAGACAGUGUCGGUUUUUGAGACUACAAUCCGUGUACUUGGUGGUCUUCUUUCGGGACAUCUGCUUGCGAGCGAUGAAUCUACGGGGAUGAAGGUAGAUGGGUAUCAAAAUGAGCUUUUGAAACUUGCAGAGGCACUUGGCCGCAGGCUGUUACCUGCUUUUGACACCCCAACAGGAAUUCCUUAUGGCUCAGUUAAUCUACUUCAUGGUGUCAGUGAAGAUGAGAGCCAGGUGACAUCUACAGCGGGAGGAGGCACCUUGACACUUGAGUUUGGACUGCUUAGCCGGUUGACUGGAGAUCCGAUUUUUGAGACUGUUGCCAAAAAUGCCGUGCGAGGACUUUGGGCACAACGUUCGCAACUAGGCCUUGUUGGGGCACAUAUCAAUGUGUUUACAGGGGAAUGGACGCACAAGGAUGCUGGCAUAGGGACAAGCAUCGACUCUUUCUACGAGUAUCUCCUCAAGGCAUAUCUCCUGUUUGGAGAUGACGAGUACUUGUACAUGUUUAAAGAAGCUUAUAAAUCUGUCAUGACUUACCUAUACACUGAUCCAUGGUACUGGGAGGUGAAUAUGAACUCUGCUGUCGUGGUAUGGCCUUUGUUUAAUAGUCUGCAAGCGUUUUGGCCAGGACUCCAGGUGCUGGCGGGAGAUGUUGACCCUGCCAUGCGUACCCACAAAGCAUUUUUUGCUGUCUGGAAAAAAUAUGGCUUCACACCUGAGGGUUUCAACUUGGCUACACAGGGUGUCCAGCCAGGCCAAAGAAGCUAUCCCUUGCGCCCAGAGUUAAUUGAAAGCACAUACAUGUUGUACAAAGCAACUGCAGAUCCUCACUAUCUGGAAGUGGGACGAGACAUCACUGCAAGCAUACAGUUUUAUGCAAGAUGCCCUUGUGGGUACUGCCACAUUGGAGAUGUCGAGACACGCGUCCAAGAAGAUCAUAUGGAGAGCUUUUUCCUCGCUGAAACGGUCAAGUACCUGUGGCUUCUCUUCGACUUAGCUGCCGGUGGUGAUAACCUUGUAGAGACUGGCCCCCAUCUAUAUAUAUUUAGCACAGAGGGGCAUCUGUUCCCCAUGACGCCUGAAAUAGCUCUACGCUCAGAUUACAAACUAGUUCCAACAUUCCUCCACGAGAAUGUUCCAGAUGCUGGUCAACUUGGAGACGAAGACAAAGGGACGACAUUUGCGGAACCACAUAUUCCUAGACUGUUCAACUCGCUCAUCAGCAGAGUCAACAAAAGUGGCUUCGGCUUAGACAUGGACUGCACCGACGAGUCUGAUUUGGCCUACAGACCACUUGAGGGAAUUUGUCAAAAGUUGAGUAUGUGGAGAAAGUUAGCCGCCUUUUACCUUGCGGGUCUGCCUCGGAUGGAAGAGAAGCAGGCGACGGAGGGCGAGCCUACCGAUUUCAAGGAAAUCAACGCGAAUUCGGUCAAGUCCUCUCGCGAGACAAAAUUUAUUCGUGACCUUCUUGUAUCUAUAGUUCAUGUUCGAGAGGAACCACAGGUCGUCAGUCAAGAGGCAGAAGAUACACUACCCUUGGACAAAGCGGAAGGCAUCAGAGUUAACCUUAUUACUGAGCUCACUCCAGAAUAUGAAGCUGUCGAAGUUGUGCAGACUUUUCAGAAAGCGACAGAGAGUAGUGUCGAUAGCGGUCUGAAUCUAGAAGAUGAAGAUGCUGAAGGUGUGCAGCCUUUUCAGAAAGCGACAGAGAGUAGUGGCGACAGCGAGGUGAAUCUAGAAGAUGAAGAUGCUGAAGGUGUGCAGCCUUUUCAGAAAGCGACGGAAGUAAGCGUCGUCGUCGUUGAGGAUAUUGUAGAGAAUCAAGAUGUUGACGGUGUGCAAAGAUUCUCCAGUGUCGAGCUUAGUACGAGAAUUCAAUAGAGGAAAAUUGAAAAGCAAUCAUAUUUUAUUCAAGUACAAAGCAUACAGUCAGAGCCAGGUUUCUUGGCAGUACUUCGGAGACAGCGUGCUCUUCUGCUGCCAAGUACGAUUCAAACAAAUUGUAUAGAUUCACAAUGUGUAUCAUCUACAACUGCUUAAGGUAAACAUCAAUUCAACGGCGUAUCGUCUUGGACUC